AUGAAAGUCGAAAUCGACUCUUUCUCCGGCUUCCGAAUCUACCCGAGCAAGGGCAAGCUGUUCGUCCGUGGCGACAGCAAGGUCUUCCGAUUUGCCACGUCUAAAAACGCCUCGCUUUUCCUCCAACGGAAAAACCCCCGCAAGAUCGCAUGGACACAAGUUUACCGUCGUAUGCACAAGAAGGGUGUCACGGAAGAGGUCGCCAAGAAGCGCUCGCGUCGUACAGUAAAGCACCAGCGAGGCAUCGUUGGCGCUGACCUUUCUGCUAUUGCCGCCAAACGCAACCAAACCGCUGCUCAACGCACACAAUUCCGUGUCGCCGCCAUCGCCAAGGCAAAGACGGAUAAGAAGGACAAGGAGGCAAAGAAGGCCAAGCCCGCAACACGCCCAUCAGCCGGCGCUGGUCCUAAAGUUUCGAAACAGGGCAUGAAGGGAGGCAAGGGACGGUGA